AUGGUCAACUCCAAAGGCCCCUACUGUCAGCAAAUCAGCUGGGAUGAGAAAGCAAAGCAAACUACAGCUUGCAAAAAACCUGUGUUGACAAAGCACUCAACCUCUCAGAAACAGAAGCAAUCUGCAGCCGGAAAGAAACCUGUGUCAUCAAAGCGCUUAGCCCCUCAGAAACAGAAGCCUCUGGAAUCACCACCUCAUCAGCACAGUGAUGUCUCAUUACGCAGUCACAUUACCCCUGUCUACAAAGAGGAUCUCCCUAGGAAUAGUACUAAGGGAGGCAUCCUGAAUAUCCCAUCUCAUCAGUCGCAACUCUCUUCUCACAGCAAACAGGACAAUAUUCCUGCCUGGGUCAAAUGGGGGUGUUACACACUUGAUGCCAACACAGUAGCAAUGGAAAAAGUUAUGCUCUCAUGCGUACACUUUAUGGCAUGCAUCGAUUAUUAUUUCUGCAGGCAUAUGUCUGUCAGGGCAGGGAUGGUCAAGCUUUUUAGUGCAUUCAUGUGGAGUGAAACAUUUAGUGGUGAUGGGAACAUGCUUUAUAGUCCUUCCCCCAAAUAUAUUUCAUAUCAGGAGAUGGUGGAUAUUGUGAAAGAUAUGAGGAACAGUAUUGAGCCUCAGUCUGAUAGGGUGGGAGCAUCUGUGGAGGUUAUCAAUGCUGGAAGAGAGAGGUACCAGCUGCAGCUCCAAGACGUGAAGAAACCAUCUCUCUUGUCUUUGCCUGUCGACCAUUACAAUCCCCCAGACCCACUCAUAUCUUGGCCCAGCAAGCCUUCAAGUGGAAAUAAACACACUUCAGAUGGAAAUAAAGGGGAGGAGCCUUCUACAGAUGAGGAUCUUACAAUCUGUCCUGCUUAUCACAAGAAGCUUAAAACUCCCCAGGGCCUGAUAUCCUAUCUGUCGUCAACAAAAAGCUGCAAGCAAUAUAACAAAUGGAAGCUACAAAGUUUGACGAUUCCAGGAGAACUUGAUAGGGGCAAUGAUUUGGAGAUAAGGGAAGUACCUGAUAUGUUACCUGAUAAACUUAGACCUAUGGAUGAAGACCCAGAAGACGUGGUGGAUGACUAA